GGAGAGGUAAGUUAGGUAACACAACAUAAAUAAGACACAAAAAACUUGAUCAAACAAUUAGAAGGAAAAAAAAAAAAGGCAAAUGGUUUCUUCUUCUUCAGCUCCAUCUUUGCAGGUGAAAAUUCCGGCGACCGGAGAAGGAAAACUGACGAUAAACGUGAAGUCGCCGACGUCGGAGAUGUAUGCAGAGGUGAAACAAGCAGAUAAAGUAAAAGAUUUGGAAAAAGUGAUUAAAAAAGCAUGGGGAGAUGAUUAUUUGGAUCUUUAUUACAAAUCAAUUAAAAUGAAAAGUGAUCAGCCUUUAUCUUUUUAUAAUUUAAGAGAUGGUUCUAUUGUUAGAGUUUCUCUUCUUGCUGAACCUCCACAUGAAUCUAAAUCUUCACGUGAAAACAAGAAACAUGCCAAAUUACAAUUGGAAAGGAGGAGCAGCACCAGCACCAACUCUAUUAAUGGUGGAAAUGGCUGUGGCAACGUUGUGUUUCAUAUGGCUAAGAUGUUAUCUCAAUUCUGCUCUUCCAUUUUUCCCAGCCAUUAAUUACUACAAUUGAUUGAGGAAGAAGAUUUAUAUAGUACUAUUACUUAGUUCCUAAAGUACGAGUUAGGGAAAUGGAGCGCCCUUUUAUUAAGAAAUAGACAACUUUAAUUUCGAGACGUCAAGAAAAUCGAGCUAAUAUGUCAUCGUUAAAGUUGACAUAGCUUAAUAAAUACUAUCAAUAAAUUUAAACACCCUGAAAUUUUAGGUGAGCUUUUUUGAAGUUCUUCAGGGUUUCUUAAGUUUUUAUUUUAUUUGGGGCGAAACUUGUACUCCAAUAAAUCUAUUAUAGUCUAUCCAUAAAAACAAAAAUAAACAUCUAUUAGACUACAUAAUGUAUGUGAGAUAUUUUUACUACCAUUGGCUAUGUGUGAAAUCGCCAAUGGUACAAGGCACUUAUAAUUUAAAGUUGUUUUGGUAAAAUA